UGUUCUUAUACCCCUUUCUGUGUCCACGGUGCUUCUUCCUAGUGAAACAGUGCAGAAUGUUGACGCAGAUUCAGAGACAAAUAAGAAGGCACCCAACUGCUGGAGUGGUGGUCACACUCUUCCUCUGGUGGACCGUAACGAGCUUCAUCGCCUUCUCCCUCAGGAGCAACUGGGACAGCGACAGUGGUGUGAGUGAAGAGUUAUCACAUCUGGGACGUGGAGGAGAGGAAGUGCUCUCUCUGAGACAUAGAGAGCAGGCGAGGACAAGGAAAGUCUCAAGAAAGACGAGGCACAACAAAGAAAAUGGGCGUUCCACAAGACGUCAUUCUUCUUUACAAGCCAUAGAGAAGCCGAAGGAUACCGUAAAUAAUCUCCAUACUGAAAAAGAGUUACGCAGUGAGCAUGAAAACCUCGAGGCAUAUGUUAUUCCAACUGAGUCGAGGAAGCGAUAUGUAUUUGCGGAUAAACAGAAGUUCAAGCAAGAAAGCUUGCUAAACUUUAAUGUGAAGAACAAUUCGGAGAACGGGGGAAGUUUUGAAGGGAGUAGAAGACAUCUUCUAAGCAAAACAGACUCUGACUCUAACAGCUUGUCAGCUGUCAGUCAUGAUUCUGCGAGCAAAGAUGACGUACUAACAAAAUUCGAAAAGCAUUAUCUCGAGAAAGGAAAUAUUGAACCAGUUUUUGACAAGACUUUUGUAGCGACUGUAUGUGAAAGCAGUCAACCGCCUCACAGUUACCAUAUCAGCAUAUCCAGUCAGAUGGACCACAUGAAAAUAAUGCUGAAAUCACUCGUGAUUUCCAGCAAGUCUGCCUUUAAAGUCAUACUUGUCACUGACACUCAGGAUAUCUAUGACCUCGUCCUCAAUCAGCUCAAGGACUGGCCAGCCAGGUAUCGAUCCAGGCUACUGUUCCAGCGAGCGGUGGCUUGGAGUCCUCUUUUUGAGUCCAACUUCCAAGAAGAGCGGAGGAGCUCUUGCCAGUGGUCGAAGCUCUUCCUGGUGGAGUCGUUGCCGCAUGAGCAGGAUGUUGUGAUAUACAUAGACCAGAACACCGUGUUUGUGGCCCCGGCAGAGUACAUGUGGGAGGUACAGAUGGAACCGCUGGACCAGAAGCGUAUUGGAUACUCUUCCGUCGUGGCGGAGAAUGAUGCUCCGGUAGUUAUGAAUCUCACCACUCUGAGAGCGUUCAUUGGCCCUCAUGGGAACUUCACACUUACAGCACUUCACUUCAUCAAGACGCGUCCAAAACUCGACGGACGGGGAAAAAGUUAUCUCAAGGGAGGAAAUUAUAAGGAAGAAAACACUCUCUAG